UUGUAGAGUCAGCUUUUAUAUGCCUGUUUUUCCAUAAAUAUUUUGAGAUGUAUAUCUUCAGAAAUGUAUGAAUAUAUCUGCAUUUUUCCAAUCUUUAUCAGUAGUUAUUUCAGUCACUGUGGCAAUGAGCUAAUAUUCAGGAGUGAUCCCUACUACGUUAGAGUCAUGAUGUUCUCUAUAAGGUCUCAUAAUGUCCUUCAACAGUCACAGGUGUCCUCUCAGCAAAAGCAUAUAGUAUGCAAUGUGAUGAUAACAUGCUCAUAUGGUGUUUUGUGUUUUCAAUCACUUUGCAGCUCUUUGCCAUUUUUGCAUUUGCAACAUGUGGAGCCUACACUGGACAGCUGAGGGUCAGCGUGGACUGCAUGGAAAAGGCCAGCAGCAAUCUCAGUAUCAGCAUCGACUUUGCCUAUCCUUUCAGGUUGCACCAGGUUUCCUUUGAGGCUCCUCUGUGUGAGGGCAUGAGGAGAGAACGCCUUUUCCUCACUGGAGACUACUCAUCUUCUGCAGAGUUCUUUGUCAUUAUAGCUGUCUUUGCUUUCCUCUUUUCUCUCAUGGCCACUAUUGUCUACAUCUUCUUUCAAAAGAAGUAUCAUGAAAACAGCCGAGGUCCGCUCAUUGACUUUGUGGUGACAGUCAUAUUCUCCUUCAUGUGGCUGGUCAGUUCUUCUGCAUGGGCUAAAGCACUGUCUGAUGUCAAAAUAGCCACUGAUCCAGACGAGGUACAGCUCCUCAUCUCUGCCUGCAAAGAUCAGACCAAUAAAUGUGGUUCUGUGCUUGGGCCGCGCUGGUCUGGACUCAACACCUCAGUGGUUUUUGGGUUUCUUAACUUUGUUUUAUGGGCUGGAAACAUCUGGUUUGUCUUUAAGGAGACAGGUUGGCACAGAGGUGGUUCAAGGUACGCAGGCAGGGCAUCUGGGAAACAAGGUGGCACAUUUACCCAGCAGCCCUACAACCAGAGCAGCUUUGAGCAGUCAGGAAACUACAACACACAGGGGAACCUCGAUCAGCUGUCUGAGUAUAGGCAGGUGGGAGGACCAACGUCUUACUCCAAUCAGAUGUAGUUUUUUGGACGCCAUCCGUAAAUGGCGAUAUAAGUGAGGGGUUGUAAAAGUAACUGCUUAAUUUGUCAUAAAUGUGUGUGU